UGUCAUGGUCUUUAAAUCUGCCCUCUCCCGCCCCCGUUAAACGUCACCCAUAAACUACGUUUACCAGAUAAGAAAGCGUGUUUUUGUGCGGCAGUGUCAACAUUUCCGACGACACGUGAAGGCAGCAGCAGUUAGCUUCUAAUUGGAGUCAGAUUUUUCAGGGCGAGGAGUGGCGUUUCCCACACGAGACAAUGGAAUCAUCCUCCUCCACGGAUUGAGGGGGAUUAGUAAGUGAGUUGGAAAGUACUCAGCGAAGACAGUUGGUCGAGAUUGAGUUGACGAACAUAGUUCCCAGAGCUAAAGACAUGUCCGUGGUGUAUUCGCGUACUUCACUUUGAGGAUGGAGUCGUCAUGUCUGGACCUGGCUUUGGAAGGAGAACGCCUCUGUAAGACCGGUGACUAUCGUGCCGGUGUGUCUUUCUUUGAGUCUGCCAUCCAGGUCGGAACAGAGGACCUUCAGAUCCUGAGCGCCAUCUACAGUCAACUGGGAAAUGCCUAUUUUCACCUACAGGAGUAUAACAAAGCCCUGGAGUACCAUCGGCAUGACCUCACACUUACCAGAACGAUUGGAGAUGAACUUGGUGAAGCCAAAGCCAGUGGUAACCUUGGGAACACAUUAAAGCUUUUAGGACGGUAUGAUGAAGCGGUGGUUUGUUGCCAAAGACAUUUGGAAAUCACAAGAGCCAUAUAUGAUAAGGUUGGGCAGGCUCGGGCGCUGUAUAAUUUCGGGAACGUUUACCACGCCAAGGGCAAGAGCAUCUGCUGGACUGGAGCAGAGCCAGGAGAGUUUCCAGAGGAAGCCAGGAUCGCUCUGAGGAAAGCUGCGCAGUACUAUGAAGCAAACUUGUGCCUGGUGAAGGAGUUGGGUGAUCGGGCAGCCCAGGGUCGUACUUACGGGAACCUCGGUAAUACCUACUAUCUGCUGGGUGACUUUGAAAAUGCAGUGGCUGCACAUGAAAAACGGUUGCUCAUUGCUAAAGAGUUUGGGGAUAGGUCGGCCGAGAGGAGAGCCCAUUGUAACCUUGGCAAUGCUCACAUUUUCCUCAGCCAGUUUGAAGUAGCAGCUGGUCAUUACAAGAGAACUCUGCAGCUGGCCAGGCUUUUGAAGGACAGAGCAGUGGAGGCGCAGGCCUGUUACAGUCUGGGCAACACCUACACUCUACUGCAGGACUAUGAGAGAGCCAUUGAUUACCACCUCAAACAUCUGGUCAUUGCACAGGACCUCAGCGAUAGAGUUGGUGAAGGAAGAGCUUACUGGAGUCUAGGAAAUGCCCACACUGCCCUGGGGAAUCAUGAGCAGGCCAUGUACUUUGCUGAGAAACAUCUGGAAAUUGCCAAAGAGACUGGAGACAAAAGCAGUGAGGUCACAGCCAGGAUGAACCUGUCAGACCUGCGGCUGGUCGUAGGCCUCAAGUCCAACACCAACAUCCAUCCCAACAUCUUCCGCAACAUAAAUAGCAAUAGCUCCGUCCUGCCAGUGAGCUACCAGGGUUACACAAACCUCCAAGGGGUGAUAACUCCACCGAGGAGGAGAGCCACGACAGAGAGCCUGAGACUGAGUCCAAGUCCCGACAAAGAUCACAGCGGAGAUUCGCCAGAACAUCCAGAGGAUUCGUUCCCUGGCUCUUCAAAAAACAACACAAUCAAGGCUUCCUCGAUGCUCUUCCUCUUCCACCGGCUGACGAGCAAGAAGCACAAGAACACAAGCAAAUCGUCUCCUCGGGACCAACAUGAAAACUGCAGCGAGCACACGGCCUCCGACGUGGACACGCCGUUGACUAUCAAGCCAGGAAUGCGGGACACUAUUGGAGAGGACAACUUUUUGGACCUCCUCUCUCGUUUCCAGGGCAACAGAAUGGAUGACCAAAGGUGCUCUCUACUGGAUGGCCAGAGCCAUUUCCCUGCCCAUCCCUCUCCCUCCUCCACCCCACCUGUAGCUGAAAGGAAAUCUAUUUCAUCCAGCGAAACACCCUCCCAGGAUCCUGGUCAUUUCCUGGAACUGCUGGCCAGCUCACAGAGCCGUCGUCUGGACGACCAACGAGUCAGCCUGGGCCAUUUUCCUGGCUUACGUCUCAACGCCUCCAACCUGCCUUGUACACCCCCCAUCUCCAGCACAGAUCACAUCCCCACACAAGUGUCCAGCACUCUCACACCCUCCCUGCAAAGUCGACUCGAGGCGAGCUCUGAGCAGCCUGAGGGGGACGAGGUCUUCUUCGACAUGCUUGUUAAGUGCCAGGGGUCCAGACUUGAUGACCAGAGGUGUGCUGCUCCACCUUCUCCUGCUUCACCUCCUCCCACUCAAUCCUCUACAACUAAAGGACCAACUGUUCCCGACGAGGAUUUUUUCAGUCUUAUCCUGCGUUCCCAGUCAAACAGGAUGGAGGAGCAGCGAGUCCAGCCGCCCCCGGGCAUUAACCAGUCCAAAAUGGACUGAUCUCUUGAGUGAUUCUCAUGUUAUUUCAGGAUCUCCAAUGAAGUAACCAAACUUUAUUGUUAUUAUUAAGAAUCAAAAAGCCACAUGAACCAUGUUUCCUGCCUUUUUGGGAUCGUCCUUACAACAUUCUUGUGUGAGACUGCCAAGAAUAUCAGUGAUGUUACAGGGAAUUAUGGGCUCAUUUAACACAAAACUGGUCAACGUGACUGAAACCCUGGGAAAAUGUAGUUUUGAGACCGUUGGAUGUGUUUUAAGCUAACCGAUGGAAUCUACCCAUGUUUGAGGACUUAUUUCAUCAGAGAUCUUGGAAGAUGUUUGUCUGCUCUGAAGGCUUGCCUCAAGUUGCUCAUACCAGCUAUGGCUGAAGUUAUUCACUUGUUUGGAGUAAGAAGACUUUACUUUAAGGGACAGACACCAAACUGAAGGAACUCCUACUUAAGAGAAGAGGAACAGUUAAUGGCCUGUUUUUUCUCUGGGACAUCCUGGACCCAGAGGGUUACACCCAUUUUCUUCUGGUACAUUGACUAUUUGGAGCCACUAAUGGAAGCUUUUUAUGGAUUUUGAUUAUAAGAAACUAUCACAAAUAGAGCAUCACUGCCGUAAAGUGAAAUGGGAUUUUUCUUCUUUGUAACAAGAUUUUAUAGGUGAUCAUGUAGUAGGGGAAACAAGAAAUAUUAUUUUAGUGUUUAUAUUGAUACCUUCUCCUGACAAUGGAGAAAUAAAAACUCAAUUUGUAUCACAAA